AUGUCCGCCAACAAUUUCCACACCACCAUCCAGGACCUCCGCAAGGAGGAAUCCAAACUCGCCCAAGCCCAUGUUGGAAAACCACGUAAGGAGUCUGACAUCUCUGCGAUGAAGCCAGUGAUCAGCGAGAGCACAAACAAACAGGCAGAGAUUGAUCGCGCCAAAGCGACCCUACAUUUACCUAUCCAACUACCCACGCCUAGUGACUGGUCGUUCCGCCGACCAUAUAACCGUCAAUGGAACCUGCGACUGCAGCAACCAGUGUCCGGCAGCUGGGAGAUGAAUGAAAAUCAGAAUACCGAGCCGUUCGGCAACUUUGGGCGCCAGGGUAAAGACAACCUUGGACGUCUUCCCAAAGAUGCUUUGACGCGAUAG